CAGCGAACUACUCUUUUCCCAAAGCCGGCCACUGCUAGUUGUCUCUUCCAAUCCAGAGCUUUCGCCACAGACAGAGCUUCCAAAUCGCCUUCCGAAGCCAACAUCCUCCGAAUCCUCGACAACGAGAUCGAAUACCAGUAUGAUUACGCACCGGCGCACCGGGAUCGACCAAUCUAAUCCCUUGAUUUCUCAGUGUCUACUUCCGCCCCAAUUUGUUUAGGGCUUUAGAGCAAUUUGAAAACAAAAGGAAUCCAACUGUUGAUUAUACCUUGGUUCUAGCCGGCGGUGGAAUUCGAUUUGUUCGUCGGGGAGGACCGACCAGGGCAGCAAUGGAUGACAAUGGCGAGGAAGUUUGGCGUUGCUGAAGAGAUCAAAAUUGAAGCGACAAUGUUCGAAGGAUACGAACUCGUUCCGAAGCCCGGAGAAGAUAGCUCAGGUGAGGAUUUGCGGCUUCAUAUCAGCUUGCUCGUCGACGUAUCGAGAGGCGACGAUGGCGAUCCGUUUGAGUUUGUUUGCUCGGCGUGGCCGGAUCGGUUGGAGAUCCAUAAACUCUAUCUGCUUCCCAAAAACAAGCUGCUCGGCAGGCCUUACUUGGGUCCUGAUUUCCGAGACUGGGGAAGAAGGUCAACGGAGGAAUGAAACCCACGGAUGUAGAUGAAUCGGCGAUUCCCCUGCCUGGAUGCCCAAGAUCGCGACCGCGAAUUUGAGGGCUCAGGGCGUAAACAUCGCGAAGAAGGAGCCGAAGAGAAAAUGAGAGUUUUCCUAGUCAAAUCACAGCCACAAUGUAUUUUGACCGCGAGGAAGAUCGUGGUCGGAACUCGCGGAUUGCGAUCGCGAAGUCAGCCGUCGAUCUCCUCAAUCUUGAAGGCCAGUACGACUGCGUUCCAAGAUCGCGGCCCCUCCUCUGAAGAUCCUGUCCGCGAUCUCUGCCCUUCUGGCCACGAACUUGUCCGUCCUCUGAUUGCCUAUAAAUAAGAGACCCCUUUCCCCUUUUUACAGGAGCUCAUUUUGACAGAAGAAUUUAUGGUUUUAGCGAGAGAGAAGCUGAAGGAAGGAUAAGAGGAGAAGGAGCUAGAAGAGAGGAGGCAUCUUCCUCAACCUCAAGUCUUCUUCAAUUUCUUCUAUGUAUCUUCUUAUCUCCUUUAUGAAGUAGUCCUCUAGGGCAUUAGGGAUUCUAAACCCCAAACCCUAGUUUUAGGGUUUACUUUGUAUGUAUGGAUAUUUUAGGGUUUGAAUGAAUGAAUGUGUUGAUC